AUGUUCGACUCCACAUUCUCACAUGCUUCCGCCGAACCUCUCUCGAGAGCAGCGUCCGACCAAAUCGCAAUCCGACUCAUGCAUGAUGUAAAUGUCAUCCUGCAUUUGAACCCAGACUGCAAGAACAUCAAACUCGUCUCAGACCCAUCAGCAAACCCACAAGAAUACAAAGUCGAAGACAGCCUGGCGUUCGUACCCAAGAAGCUAUGGAGCGGAGGUGUCUGGUACACGGCAUUCUUCAAGCCUGUUGAGGAUGGCUGCGACAUCAUGAUCCAAGCACCCGGUGGCUUUACGUCGACGAACAAGUGGCGCUUGAUCAGGAAGGCAGAUGGCACACGAGUCGUCUCGAUUACGAGCGAUGCGAAGUGCAGCAAAACCUUUUCAAUCUUUGUCAAGAGGUUUUUGGAGAGCUCACAUGGUCAGAUGCAACGGGCCUUUAAUGAGCGAGUCGAAGCGAUUGCGAGACCCGGUAUGCCCCGACGCAGGUCGUCAAUGCCUGGAUCUUUCAGAAGCGCUCGACAGAUGGUGGUCGUGUAA